CCCGGGAGACCACCGGGAGACCCUCGCCCACCGUUUCCCGGUGACCCGCCCUCUCCCCUCGGAACCAUCAGGGCUGGGCGGAACUGUUUUGCGCGAGUGCGCCCGGACUUUUAUAGAGCAUGGACACUUCCGGCGUCUCUUCCGGUGCCGCCAUGUCGCCUCAGGGCGCGGAGGCCGGACCGGGCGCGGUGUCGGUGCCGGGUCCCGGUUCGGCCUCGCCGCGGCCGCUGUUCGGCGGCUGCUGGAGCUGCCGCUUGCUGAGCGGCGCGGGGCUGCUGAUGGCCGCCAUCUGGGUGUACCAGGGCCCGCGGAGCACCAUGAAAAAGGGCAUCCCCCCGUCCAUGGGCGCCAUCGCCCAGAUCACCUUCGCCGCCGGUUUGGGGGCCUGGGCCAUCAUCAUCCUCGCCGACCCCGUGGGAAGGUGGCACCGCAGGGACCCUUGAGGAGGGGACCCCAAUAAAGGCGCUGGGACUUCCCCCCCCCAAAAAAAAAUAUUUACUUUUGG